GUCUCCUCAUGGGAGCAUCCUCGGAGGCUCGUUGCCAUUCCGGGUAAUGCCAGAUUCCGUCGACUUGUUAAUUUCCAUGACCGUUACCGAAAACCAUGAAGUUUGAUACCCAUAUUGCCAAAUUCGGGCAAACCAAUUGUGUUAUGUAUGUACACUCUAAAUCCGUUUCGGGUUAGAAGUUGACGAAAGAACGUUUGCCAUAGUUUUGCUGGGUCAUUGAAAAAAGAACCUUAUCACAGCAACCUCUGCCCCGUGAGCAAACAACUGACGUUCCCACACCAAAUCAGAUUAAACUUUUUUCAACUUCCAACUUUUUCUCUUCAAAAUUAUGACCCGUGAAAUUCCGAAAAUCGCCGGGGCCAUUGCGUUGCCUCUGGUUGGCGGGCUGGCGAACGCGUACCUCACGCUGCCGGAGUUGCUACGGGGCCACCAGCGGUUGAAUUUUCUCCCGGUCGUACCCCCGAAAUGGAUGUUCCCACCCGUCUGGACCGGCGUGAACGCCGCCAUGGGUUACGCGUCCUAUCUGGUGUGGAAGGAUGGCGGAGGCAUCACCGGAACCGCCAAACUACCCCUGAUGUUGUACGGAACCCAGCUGGCGUUGAAUUGGACUUGGUCGCCGAUCUUCUUCAAGUUGCGCUGUUUUAAAUGGAGCUUCUUGGAAUCUCUUGUCCGUGCCGGGGCGGUCGCGGCCACCGGGCUGGCGUUUUUCAAUGUGAACAAACUGGCCGGUUAUCUGGUCGUUCCGUACUUUGUGUGGUGCACGUGUACUUCGCUGCUGAACUUUGAGUUCUACAUUCGCAAUCCAGGCGAAGGCGCAACCGUUGAAGAGGAGAGCUCUUAAAAUUGGUUCAAGUUUUCAUGAACAAGAAACUGCUGAGUUGUUGAUUGUAUAUUGUUUUAUAUAAAUAU